AUGCACCAAAAGGUGAUUACUUCUUAUUAAAAAGCUAUGGAUUUAUCUGUUAAAGCUAAUAAAGACCCUAAUAUACAUUUUGAACUAGGUGUUUCAAAUUAUAAACAAGGAAAUUUUAAUGAAGCUGAAUAAAAUUUUAAUAAUGUGAACAAAUAUUCUUAAAAAUAUGUCUAUUAACAUAUAAUAGAUUUAUAUAGAGCUAUUAUAAAGAAAGUACAUAAUAGCCAUUUAGAAUCUGCAAAAUUAUUUUUUAAAUAUUCUUAAUUUUAAAGAUGA